AUGGCCUUUGGCGACCUUCUAGGCUGCCAUCUUGUGGAACAUGAUCUGCGGGCGGGCGAGCCUGUGUGGUACAGUAGUAUCACGCGAAGCUUCCAGAGAACAGUGCUGUGGAUCCUAGUUUCGGAUCCAGCUUGGUGCGGUUGUUUUUCGGCACGGGGGGCCGUGUAUAAAUUACCUUUCGGAUCGCGGGCAGCAGGGGAUUGGCACCCUCCUGAGAGAAUGUUCUAUUCUGCUCAGGUUCGCACGCCACCGUGGGCUACGAGGAGAUUUUUCAGAACUGUCACUCGGAUUUGCCAGAGCCGUUCUCCAGCACUAAGAGCCAGUCCAAAGGAUCAAGAUAUCAAGUUAGCAGGAACAGGACGACCGAGGCAGGCUUGCGGGAAAAUACGCGGGAUUUAUAUGGCGCCUCCUACCAUUGUUCGGGACAAACAGGAACAUCCUGACCAGCGAGAAAUA